UGUACAACUGUGGUGAGAAGAAUAACAUCUCAGAAUGCUAUUCUAAUACGUGGGUUGGUGCUGUUUUAGCGUUGUUUUAUAUAUAUCUAUAUUACUUGUGUUCACUGUGUAUUUUAUGAGAGAUUUGUAUCUAGAUAUGUGCCUGUACAUGUAGAUACUGUACAAUGCCUAGACCAAUUAAUUGUUAACAGUGUUUCAAGAUAUUACUUUGUAAUAAAUAUUUAGUAGUUUUCUUUGUUUUUUUACAUGCACACAAACAUAGACUAAUGGGUAAUGGUGAGCAUAUGCUAAGCGCAUAAGGCUUUUUUCCCCAGAUAAUGUCUCAGUGAUUGAUGGUGAUAGUGAUAGCCACAUGGUUUUGGUGGAGAUCAUAGAAUUUCCUUUUCUGCCCCAUCAAGAUAAAAGGAACAAAGGUAUAUUGUCUUAGAUAAAAUCUAUCUUGUCUUUGAUGUCAGGAUCUGAUACAGUACAACGUUUCAUGUAUCUCAGAGUGCCAUCAGCAGUGCACUUUUAACCUUUAUCCAUCACAUUCAUUUUAAUUAGAUAAAUUAUUUUUUUUAAGUUGGCACCAGCGUUAUGAAAUGGCUUAGCUACAUUUUCCAAAUUAACAAAAUCGAAAAUUUGUGUCACUUGAAACUGUGCCAAUGUGUGGUGUGUCCUAAUUAAUGGUCAUUCUAGCCUUAGCUUAGAGUUACACUGAUGCUGGCUGCCUAACCAAAACCUCUGUGGAGCAAUGUCAUCUUCGCAAGUCACUGUGGCGCCCAGUAUCCCUUGACACAGUGGAUUAAAAAAUAGAAAGGAGACUUCAUUUUUGGAUCACUUUUGAAUGCAUGGGAGGAUAUCCGUUGCCAUUAUUUGAAUUACCCAACUUGACCUCACCUGGAAAACUUAUUUAAAAAGGCUUCAACCUUCAACAAGGAUCAUGCAUUUUCAAUAUAACAUUUAAGACUGCAAGUGAAUGAUGGCUGGGAAAGUGGAAAAGGUCUCUAAGUACGAAACUCUGAAGCUGUUGGAAAAGUGCCGAAAGGAAAGAGACGAUGCUUUGCAACGGGAGAAUUUGAUGAGGGAAAAACUGAGACAAUAUGAAUCUAGAAUUAGAUCAACCGAAGCUCUCAAACAGAAACUGAAGCAAUUGACUUUGGACAACAAGGAGCUGCGCAAACAGGUGAAAGUCCUACGGGCUGAAAUUGGUUUGGAGUCGGGUCCAAAAUUUCAUGGUAAAACCACCAAGGAUAUAAUCAACGAGUUGCAUGAAAAGGAGAAGGAGUGCGAUUCACUGGUUGAAAAAGCGGGGAAAUUAAGUUUGACCAUCGAUGAACUGACUUCAGAACUGGCCAACACCGUGACCUCAAAGACUCUGCUAGAGGACCAAGUUCAGUCACUCCAGCAAAAUCUGAAGGAUAUGACAAACAAUCAGCGACGGCUUCUGAAAUUAUGGGAAGAUAAGAAGGCGCAGAGGGAACAGCUGUCACUGCCUGCCAUUCCUCAGAGACCUGGACAAAAGCCUGUAAUUCAUAAAGGUGUCCAGACGGAGAUGUCCAUCAGUUCCACUCAGAUAUUACCGACAAAUGCAUUUGAGACCAAGACGCGUCGAGAGAUUGAUAAGAGCAGAACCAGUCUGGAAAGACGCAGCAUCACCUUAGCAAAUGGCACUCAUCGGGAGAAAAUUGCUUUGAUUCAGAAUGAAGUGAAAGGAAUACACAACUGAAAAUGACUUAUGUCGACAUGAGGCCGAUUCAAAGCAACGAUUUAAAACUACAUUAUUACUAAAUAACUAAAUUAUUUAUAUUUAUGCAUGUAUAAAUACUUGUAUAAAUCAGUUGUAUAUAAUAAAUAUUUAUUGUAUGUAUAAAUAAUUAAGAUACCUGAUUCAAGCCAGGACUAUUGAAUAUAGGUUUAUCACAAUAAUUUUUUUUUGUCUGUAGUUUCAAGUAUUACUCCUAUAGGUUAAAGUUUAUUGUCUACAAAAAUAUGUAAGAUAUUUUUAAGAUAGAUGUAAUUUAUUCAGUUUAAUUCAGAUUUUGUCAUCUCCGGUUUGGAUAAUCAUGUAAUAAAGCGAUGUAUUUCAUUCAAUUUAAAUGUCACUAAUUUAUGUCUUGCUCAGGGUAGUAACUACUAAAAUUUAAAAAAGUUGUAUGUCUCAGUCUCAGGGUUCAGCUCAAUGUCAGAAAUAAACUUUUAC